AUGCCCCCACGAAAACGAGCGGAAUCAGGCCCAAGCGAGAGGUCCACGUAUCCCCGAAAACGGGCUGUACAGGCUUGUCAAACCUGCCGCCAAAAGCGGAUCAAGUGUGAUAAUGAGCAACCUGCAUGUGGCUCUUGUGUGGCACUGGGGAUAGAAUGCCACUAUCGUGAAUAUGACAGGUCUACGUUUGAUCCGGCUAGCAUUGCCAUCCUACAGCGAUUAGAAGUACUGGAGAACCUGGUUCGCACCACGAAUCCCGUAUUGCUGGAGACACGAUCGCCUGCCUUCGAAGGGUCGUCAUCAGAGACCGCUUACAAUUUGGAUCUUCUUGGCUCGCCAGCGUUGGAACGAAUUGGAUCUUCAGUACCCUAUCAAAUCAACAUCGAAAAUAUUCUCAAAUGGCCAGUCUUCCAAAGCCAUGGUCCAAGUCGCACUUGGACUUCCGAGACUACUACCUCCCCUGAGCCGCAGCCAUUGUCGAUAUCGCCCGAUUUCGACUCGAAGGAGUCCAUGGAACUACUUCAACGGUUCUUCAGGUAUGUCCACAUUUACAACCCCAUUCUCGAAGUAGAGAAGGUCCAGGGCUAUGCCAGAAAUUUGGCUUUCAACGGCUUAGCCUGGGAUGCCAAAUCAUGUUUGUUACUCCUGAUAUAUGCUUUGGCGACUAUCUCGGGCCCUUUUCCAAAGGUCGUUCUUGCAAGUUCAUCCUCAGAAUUUCGUCGAUCUGAAGCGUUUCUAACAGCGGAGGCAUACUUCCUCGCUGCUCAGAAGCGGAUGGGUCCGCUGCUUUGCAGUAGUGGUGUGAUUGAAGCGCAGUGUCUCUUUUUCAGCGGAGUUUACUUAAUGAUGACGCUCCGACCUUUGGAAGCCUGGAGGGUUUUCGUGCAAGCAAUGGCGUGUUCUGAGGGACUUUUUAGCUCUUGGGGCACACAUUUGGCCCAAGCCGAAGAAAAGUCAAGUUUGAAGGAAUCCAUUUACUGGACCUGUUUCAAAUCGGAACUCGAGCUGCGAUUAGAAUUGAACGUGGCCAAGGAUAAUGCCUUGGAUUUGACAUAUCCAGCUCUAUUUCCUUCCCCACCCAGAACUCUUGCAGCCCAAGGGCAUGUCGAAUGGUACUUUUAUCUUGCUGAUAUUGCCUUACGGCGCCUGGAAAAUCGCAUCUUAAAUUAUAUUUACCGCCUCGAACCGCUCAAAUCCCCUGUCUCGACAGAGACAAUAACGGGAUUUGAAGCACAAGCAACGGGAUUGCUUGAAUCUCUUCCUAGGUCGCUCAAUCUUGACACCGCAUCCCAUGAUGUAACCGAUGGAGAUAAUCGUAACUCUGCUUUGAGCUUCAUUUUGAAUGGCCAUCUUCUUGACUGCUAUGAGAUGAUGUACUGGCCAUUUGUUGUGGAUGCUCUUCACGGAAACCUUGUCCCCGGCGAGGACUCGGAAGAGUUUGCACGUAAAGGAUUCCGUGUUUGUCUGCGUCGGAUCGAGACGAACGAGGCUGGAUUCUAUUAUCGCCAUCAUGGCACAUGGCUGAUGUUGCGUUCCUGCACCCGCAGCGCUUUAAUCCUGACUGCCGCAGCACGCCAUGGUCUCACGACGUUGCUUCCCGCUGAGUGGGAAGCAGCUGUAGAGAAGGUUACGCUGAUGUUGCAGCAUUGGAAGGAUGAGACGAAAGACGUUGCGAACCCACUGGAUGUUCUAUCAAGACUGAUGAAGGAGAUUGUGAGUGAGACAAGCAUAUCAGGAUUGUAA